UUAGUGAAAUAACUAAUCGUGAAAAAAUGAAAUAAUUUGAAGCCAUCAUACAAUAAAAAGUGGUUCUGAUUGCGUAUUCGGACAUAUAGUGUGUGAUAGUGUUAAUAUUUAUUUGUGCACUCUUGUCGCUCGCCGCACCUAAAUAAAUCACAAAAUGCUGUCUGCCGCCAGAUUGAUCGCCCCUGCAGCCAGGUCUGCCAUCUUCCACAACACAGCCAUCGUGCGACCACUGGCUGUAGUCCCCACACAGUCACACAUCCCCGCUGCUCCAGCUCAGCUGUCAGCGGUGAGGUCCUUCCAGACCACCGCUGUCACCAAGGACAUUGACUCUGCUGCCAAAUUCAUUGGUGCUGGCGCAGCGACAGUCGGAGUUGCGGGCUCUGGUGCGGGAAUCGGAACAGUGUUCGGCUCCCUAAUCAUCGGUUACGCCAGGAACCCCUCCCUCAAGCAGCAGUUGUUCUCAUACGCCAUCUUGGGUUUCGCCCUGUCUGAGGCUAUGGGUCUCUUCUGUCUUAUGAUGGCGUUCUUGCUGUUGUUCGCUUUCUAAGCUAUUUACUUUUAAGAACACUACUACUGCCAUCCCACAUGACGAGGUUUCAGUGAUUUACUAUCUGGAGUGGACGGCCAUGGAAUCGAAUGUGUGGAAACCUCACCCUCAUAGUGAUGCAUGGACUGAUGUGUAUAAGUGAUACACUUACCAGUGCGCGUCAUCAGGAAUGCAAUUUAUUUAAUUAUGUAGAAUACCAGGAAAUCAAAUAAAAUGUUGUACGUAAAUCGUAACUCUGAUGCUACAGUUAUUUCUAUUCCUGAUUUAUUGUAAACUUUUUUUUUUUGAGUAUUGUUCUGAAUCAUGUUAAACUUUUAGCCUCAUAUCAAAGUUCGGCGACAAUAUUAUAGUUUUGCCAGUGACUGCGUAUAUUUGCGUGAAUAUUGUCAUCGAUUUUUGUAUUGUGAGUUUAUCCUGUUCAAGAAUGUCGGCAUCUGUAUGUACAUUUGUAGGGCGAUUAAAUGAUACAAAA